AUGAUUCCACCACAGACAUCAUUACAGGAUCUGAAGAAUCUAAUUCUGGUUCAAACCGGAACGGUUGGGAAAAAAGAAAUCACGAAGUUGACUUACAGGAUGCCGGUGGCAGUGGCCAACUUGUUUGCGUAUCAAAAAAUGCAAAUAAAAUCUGAUCAGCAGGUGUCGAUGAUGUUCUCUUAUCAUCGCAGCAUAGGUACCAUAUAUUCAUUGGAGCUUUGUCUGAAUAUUCAGGAUAUUGGCGGAAGCUCGUCCAGUUCCAAUAAUAUGGAUGGUGUGAGAAAUCUAGGAGUGGCUGAUUUUGUACCGGGUCCGGAUACAAGUAGGGCCCGUAGUCCAAGCUUCAAUGCAUUUGUUGUGCGGGAACAGAAUGCAAAUCUUCGUGAAGCGCACCCCUCCACUUCAACCUUACAUGGGUUCGAUAGGCAUCCCGAUGUUGGCAUCCCUGAAAGUUCUGACGAGAAUGACAUUGAAGAAUUCAGUGGUGAUGAGGCAGAAGCCGUUCCGGAAACGCAACCUCUACAUGGCGACUCUGUUCCUCCAACACUUGUCGAACCGGUAGGUGGAGGUGUAUCCUCCAGUACACCUGCACACUAUCUGUCCCUAAAUCUUGGAGCAAUGCAUUCGAGUAAUGCAGAGGACAGACCUAGUAGCUACCCUCUCUCAGGCGAGAUGGAGCUCGAGAUUGGGUUAAGGUUUCUAAACCGGAAAACAGCGAUGCUGGCAGUGAAAAACUACAACAUUCGUAGGAGCGCAGUGUAUAAGGUCGUAGAGUCAGACCAAAGGAGGUAUGUAUGUCGAUGCAAGCAGUUCGGUGAUCAAUGUCGUUGGAUGGUACGGGUUGCGAAGACAAGGUCUUCCAGAUUUUGGGAAAUUCAAAAAUAUGAAGGGCCUCAUAGUUGCUUGGCAAGUUCGAUGUCUCAAGACCACGCUCAACUAGAUAGCAAUGUGAUCUGCCAGCACAUAUUCCCCAUGGUGCAUGCUGAUGCGACUAUUUGUGUAAAGGUGUUGCAAGGAUCGGUAGAGUCAGCGUACGGGUACAAGGUGUCUUACAAGAAGGUUUGGCACGCGAAGCAGAAGGCAAUCGCAAGGAUCUAUGGUGAUUGGGACGAUUCAUAUGACCAGCUGCGCAGAUACUUCAAUGUGCUACAAGCUUUUGUCCCAGGGACAAUUGUUGACCUCCAAACGGUUCCGUACUAUGUCGGAAACAUCGUUGACCAUGAUAGUGUCAUGUUUCACCAGGUCUUCUGGUCGUUCCCAUCGUGUGUUCAAGCAUUUAGGCAUUGCAAGCCACUGGUGUCAGUAGACGGAACACACCUGUACGGUAAGUACGCUGUCACCAUUCUCAUGGGCAUAGCACAGGAUGGAAACAAUAACAUUCUGUCCGUCGCUUUCGCCCUCGUAGAAAGAGAGAACACAGAUUCAUGGUACUUCUUCCUGACUAAUUUGAGGAGACAUGUAGCGACUAGGACAGGAGUUCUUCUUAUCUCUGACAGGCAUGCUGCAAUAAAGGCCGCAUUGGAGCGUGAAGGAUGUGGUUGGGAUCACAAUGCUUACUGUGUACAACAUAUUGCGUCCAACUUCGCAACAAGUUUCAAGAGUAAGGAGGCCAAAAGACACCUGGUUAAUGCCGCUUGUUCGAAGACGCAAGAGCAGGCGCAGUACUAUCUUGAGUUAAUUAGUAGCGAGGAUCCCGUAGUAUCACCACAGAUGAUGGGUUGGAUACGAGGGUUAGAGCCACCUAAAUGGCUGCAGCACCUUGAUGAGGGCCGACGAUAUGGUCACAUGACGACCAAUCUUUCUGAGUGUAUCAACUCUAUCCUAAAGGGCACUAGAAAUCUACCAGUCUGUGCAAUUGUGAAGUCUACCUACCAUCGCCUAAAUGAGUUAUUCGUCAUCAAGGGUCGGCAAGCACAAGCGCAGAUUGCAAGUGGUCAGGAGUUCUCACAGUUCCUGCAGAAAGCCAUAUUAGCAAACCGUGAGGGAAUAUCUCAGAUGUUAGUGACGCCGUUUGAUAGAGCCACAACCGUAUUCACAGUCGACGAGAUAGCUGCUGCAGGGGUGCAGUCUCGGUUUAGGGUUAACCUUCAGUUUCGUAGAUGUGACUGUGGUUACUUCCAGGCGUUACACUACCCAUGUGCUCAUGCUCUAGCCGCUUGCGCCUACGCAAGACUAGAGUGGCAACAAUAUGUUGAUUUGGUUUAUCGCGUCGAGAGCGUCUUUCGGGUCUAUGAGAUGGAGUUCCAGCCAAUGCCGGAUGAGGAUAUGUGGCCCCCUUAUGAAGGCCCACGUGUCCGUCCCAACCCCCUCCUACGACGCACACUUGAAGGAUGUCCGGUGACUACGAGGAUCCGGAAUGAGAUGGACGAGGUUGAGCCGGGACUCUGUAAGCGGUGUGGCCUUUGCAGGCAAACAGGACUUACAAGGCGACAUUGUCCCAACGCUAAUGCAACCUAG